AAACACCGAAACUGGCGCGAUGGACGAAAAUAAAGAUUCCAGCCUGUUGGUGAUCGUGCUGGACACGAAUCCGUCGCAGCGGAUCAUCCGCGAAAAGCCCCACAAUCUCACGCAGUGCCUCGAUUCGAUCGUGGCGUUCGGAAAUGCGCACCUGAUGCAGAAAGCCCAGAACAAGCUGGCCGUUUUAGCCUGCCAUCAUCAUGCUACUGAAUUCCUUUAUCCCACACCCGGCAAACCGCUGGACAUCCGUCAGGUCGAUGGACAGUACGAGGUGUUCACUUUGGUGGAGAAAACCAUCAAGCAGAAGCUGGCGAAUCUGAUCAAAACGGCCCCACAUUUAACGUUGCCAACGGAGUCACUGCUUGCCGGGAGUAUGUCGAUGGCGCUUUGCUACAUCGCAAGGAUAAACCGUAACAAGCCGCCUGGUUCGAAGAUCAAUUCCCGGGUGUUGGUGGUUACUGGAAGCAACGAAUGUGCCUCCCAGUACAUGACGUACAUGAACGUGUUCUUUACCGCCCAGAAGCAGGGUGUCGUCGUUGAUGUUUGUGCGCUGGACAAAGCGCUCAGUCUGCUGCAGCAGGGUUGUGAUAUUACUGGCGGCCAGUAUCUACGGUUAGAGCAGCUGGAAGGGUUUCUACAGUAUUUACUGUGGGUAUUUCUUCCAGAUCCACAAAUGCGCUGCAAACUGGUACUGCCGCCACCGGUGAAGGUUGAUUAUCGAGCCGCUUGCUUCUGCCAUCGAGAGUUGAUCGACAUCGGGUACGUGUGUUCCGUUUGUUUGUCGAUUUUCUGUAAAUUCAGUCCCAUCUGCACCACCUGCCACACCGUUUUUAAGGCUCCUGCUCCGAUUGCAGCCAAACCGAAAAAGAAGAAACUCAAAACGUAACUCUUUUGGCAUCGACUAAUGCCACUAUCGCUGUUCGGUUGUAUUUAUCGAAUAAACGGUUCACUGGAUUCCUUCAAAU